AAGCAGGAAUGGAUCGACCCUCUACUAAGGGGUGAGAUUCGUUCCGUAUAUAUGUCAUGACGGAGCCGGAUGUCGCCUCUAGCGACGCAACCGAUGUACGGCUCAGUACAGUCAAGUACGGAGAUGACUACCUUCUGAAUUGAUUGGUAUAAUGUUAGUCAGCAGUGCUGGGGAUCUAUGUUGUAAAGUUGUUAUCGUCAUUGGAGAGAGUGACCCCAAUCACGCCGACAAGUACAAGCAACAAUCUAAGAUUAUAGUUCCAGUCGGAAAGCCAGCCCCAAGGUCUCCAGAAUGUUUUCCAUGUAUGGGUAUGAUGAUGCGCUUUUGGAUCACGGCCACUUCCAUCUCGACAAUGUACGUGUUCCAGCCUCGAAUAUGCUUCUAGGGCCAGGAAGGGGAUUCGAAAUUAUGCAGGUCCGCAAGUGUCCUGGUAGGAUCCACCACGCAAUGUGCUGCUUUGGUUUCGUGAGUUCAGCCGACUUCUGUAAAGUGCCAAGUAGGGCAAACGGUCAGAGGAAGAGGCCUUUCGAAAAGGUACUUAGAGAGUAUGGCAGCAUGCUUGAGACUAAUGCGCACUGUCGAAUGGAAAAUGAUACGGCUCGUCUACUUGGAGUUGACGCGGCGGCGUGAAUUGACAAUAUCAACGCCAAAGGGGCCAUGAAAGGAAUUGCCGAAGCCAAAGUCUUCGUCCCUCAGGUCUCUUAUGCAGUCAUCGAUUGUGCCGUACAGUUCUUUGGUGGGGAAUGAGUUUCCCAAUACACUCUGCUGGCUGAUAUGUGGGCGUCGGUCAGGAUCAUGCGCAUUGCUGACGGCCCCAAUGAGGUUCAU